AGUCGCCCUUGGUCUGGCCGUCACACCACUCGAAGCAAACACCCCGAGCGCCGCCGCCGCCACCACCGCCGGCCCGCCGCUCUUGCCCCAUCCAGCCGGGCCCGUUUGCCGCCGGCGGCCGCUGCACCGGUGCUGAGUGUCGGAGGAUGGCGUCGAGAUGCCCGGCGAGGGUACCGUCUCCGCGGUCCGCGCCGCGGCACGGCUGGGCGGGAUCGCGAGUUUCGGCCCGCCCGUCGAAAUGCAGGGCCUCGGGAGGACGUUCCGUCAUCUGUGCCGCUGUUAGCUUCAGGCCAUGCAUUGACAUACACAAGGGGAAAGUUAAACAGAUUGUUGGCUCUACUCUUCGGGAUUCAUCAAAUGAUGGCACAGCACUUGUGACAAACUUUGAAUCAGACAAAUCUGCUGCAGAAUUUGCAAAACUCUAUAAAGAAGAUGAACUUGUUGGCGGACAUGUUAUAAUGCUUGGCGCGGAUCCUGCAAGCCAGGCUUCAUCACUGGAGGCGCUACGAGCAUAUCCUGGUGGUUUGCAAGUGGGAGGUGGAAUAAAUUUGGAGAAUGCAAUGUUGUACCUUAAUGAAGGGGCAAGUCAUGUGAUAGUAACCUCAUAUGUGUUUAGUGAUGGCAAGAUGAACAUUGAAAGGCUAAGGAAACUUGUUGAGCUGGUUGGGAAACAGAGGCUUGUGUUGGACCUUAGUUGUCGAAAAAAGGAUGGCAGAUAUACCAUUGUAACUGACAGGUGGCAGAAGUUCAGUGAUGUAUUUGUGGAUGAACCUACAUUAGAAUAUCUUGCUGCCUAUGCAGAUGAGUUUUUGGUUCAUGGUGUUGAUGUGGAGGGUAAAAGGUUGGGAAUUGAUGAGGAACUUGUGGAACUAUUGGGGCGUCAUUCGCCGAUCCCAGUAACUUAUGCUGGGGGUGUGUCAACAAUGGAUGACCUAGAGAGGAUAAAGAAAGCAGGCAAAAGUCGAGUAGAUGUUACUGUUGGGAGUGCUCUAGAUAUAUUUGGAGGAGAUUUGCCCUACAAAGACGUUGUCCUUUGGCACAAGAAGCAAAGUUUAGUUGGCCAACUGUGAAGAAACAUGAGUUAUGGCUUGAUCGGUACUAUCAGCUAUGGUUCAAGCUUUGACAGAAGCCAAACUUUCUGAACACUCUAUUGCAAAUAAUUCAGUGGGCUUUCAGUGAUAUAAUCUGAAGCUGAUGUGUAUGAUUUGUUCUUGUGUGGGCAUUAGGGUUGAUUUAGCAAAAAUAGGGGGUUGAUUCAUGAUUAAUGGACUGUUGUUAAACUGUUUCGUACCAGUCUGUAAGCCUGUUUGGUUUUCAAGCACAGCUGAUGAUGACGAAUAUUUACAUCCUGUGCGGUCACAACACACACCCACAACCACAAGCAAUUUUAGUGACAACGUUUGGCUUGACUGA